AUGCAAAUAACAGAAGAGAAGAUUUGGGAAGUUCAAAGUGGGUUUAUGCCAGAAAGGUCAUGUACGGAUCACAUAUUUAGCCUAAGGCAAAUCACAGAAAAAAGUUUGAGAGUAGGAAAAACAGUUUUCUGUACAUUUGUCGACCUAGAAAAAGCUGUUGAUAAGGUAGUUAGAAGUAAACUUUGGGAAGUCCUGAAAGAGUAUGGAGUCAACGGAUGGCUCCACAUAGCUAUAAAAACAAUAUAUACGGGUAGCAUAGCAAAUGUAAAGGAUAAUCCGAAUGAAUUGGUAGGUCAAUUUCACAUAUUGCUAGCGUCUCAAGCAGCUGGAAAUCCUAGUCAGACCAGCGAAUUUCUAUCACUCAUCGAAGAACUGCAAGAAACUGGAAUUAUAUAUUAA